UUUGGGCUUAUUUUUUGGGGGUGAAUUUUGUCAAGAUUCAACGAUUUUCUAAUUAUAUAUUGAAAUCAAAUUUUUGCUCCGAGUCAUAUGUCAUAUUCAAUUCGUCAAGUGACGAAUUGCAAACGCGUUCCCUUGUUCUUCGCAGUUUCCUGACUGACUCUGAAGAAGAACGCGUAAUUUUUUUUCUAUUUUCCACAAUUCUACUGUUCAUCCAUCUCUAUAUAAUCCAAAUCAAAUCAAAUAGGAAAAGCUAAAAGUGGGUGUUUUUAUUUUUAAAAAAAAAAUAGCGUCUCUGUUCCGAUUCCUGAAAUUUCCUUGAAUUUGCUGCGAUACAGUUAAACCCUAUUUCAGUUGCUGUUAUUAUUGUUGUUGUUGUGUUGUUCAUAAUUGGAUAAGCAGUUUUCUUUUUAGCAGUUUUCUUUUUGAUUUUUGAUAUUAUAACUAGUUAUAGGAGGGAAUUUUUGAUUUGGUUUUGAUGGUAACAAAAAGGCAUUAUGAUGAAGAAUCAGAUGAUGACGCCCGUGAAUCAAAGCGACCACACAACACUCUUGAAUCGGCUUUGAGAGGAGAACUGGUUGUCGAGGAGUUCGUGGGAGCGCUGGUAAAUUGUUUCCGGAAAGUGUUGCGGGAGGAACUGGAUUGUCGGUUUCCAUCAUGUUCACUAUCAUCUCAAAGACCUCCUGUCAAUCAAAUUCAAGCAUCACGACCAAGAGGCUUUAGGUUGCAGUUUGUGAAUAACUUACCCAAGUUGCACUUCACGGGUGCUAGAGUUUUAGCAGACGGAAGUGUACCACUCCAGGUGGUUAUUCUGGAUGGUGAUCUAAAUGUAGUGAGAACUGGGCCUCUGUCCUCUCUCAAGAUCGAGAUUUUUGCACUUGAUGGUGACUUCGGUACAGACGAACAAGAAGAUUGGUCGGAAAAGCAAUUUGAUGAGUCUAUCAAACGAGCAAGAGAGGGCAAAAGGCCCUUGGUUAUUGGAGAAGUGUGUGUCAACCUCGUCAAUGGGAGCGGCCUUCUAUCCGACAUCACUGUAACUGACAACUCCAGCUGGGUAAGGAGUGGGAAAUUCAGGCUGGGGGCUCGAGUGGUCCAACCCUUCAAUACUGAUAGGAUUAGAGAAGCAAGAACUGGAUCAUUUGUAGUACGGGAUCACCGGGGACAAGGUUACCAGAAACACUUUCCUCCAUGGCCAUGUGACGAGGUUUGGCGAUUGAAGAAGAUAAGGAAAGAUGGUGUUUUUCAUCAACGCCUGGCUGACAUGGGAAUAUUAACAGUCGAAAACUUCUUGAGGCUUUUUUUUACUGAUUCUUCUGCCCUUCUCAAGGCAUUUGACAAUGGUACGGCAAGUAAGACAUGGGAAGCCAUCAUCCGACAUGCCAAAACUUGUCCUCCAGACAACAGGACUUUUGUGCAUGCUGCUGGACAAGAGUGUCGCCUCUUUUUCAAUUCAUUCUAUGAUCUUACUGGGGCAUCAUUUGAUGGUGGCCGGAGUUAUAUACCUCUAGCUAAUAUCCCUCCAUCUCAAAUGAUCUUGGUUGAGGCUAUGAAGCGGUAUGCGUAUGACCACCAGAAUGAAAUCGUUGAAAUCGAUUGGAUGCGUGCACAUGUCCAUCCAAUCGCCCUACCAAUUGAAUCAGCUGCCAAUCCGGAACCAGCCCUGGAUUUGUUGCUUCCAAACUUCCAAACCACCAAUCAAGUUCAACCUGUAACUCGUCUAGGUUUGGCCUACGAAGAUCACUGUCAGCACAAAGAUGUUACUAUUGCAGCACCAGGUCAUCACCGAACUACGGAGUGUGUUACAAUCCACAGCAACAAUUUCAUGACAGGUGAAUCAUCAGGUCAUGCAGUCACAAAUGAGCAUUUUGCAGGAGAUUUCAACUUCUCUCAUGUUCAAACACCAAUGUGUUUUCCAAAUACGUGGGAUCAUGGGAUGGACAUAGGAUAUGAUUAUCUCUCGUAUAUGCCUGACGCGACCCUCAACAUAAAUAGGAAUUCCAGCAGGAUAGGAUGGUUCAAGAUAAAAGCUUUUGUUAGGUUCCUUUGUCAGAAAAAAAACAAGUCACUGUACACGCCAUCACUGCACUGCAGCUCGUCUGCAGCAAGAAUAUUGAACCUUUGAAGUUAGCGACCGCACUCAAACUUUAGAAAGGAGAAUUCGGAGUUCCAUCUAAAUGUUUUGAAGUGAUAACCUCCAAGUAGCUUUAUCUAAUUUCUUUCAAUUCAUUUGUUUCUGUGUGAAUCUUUUAUCUUUUUUUCGCGUUCUAUUGUGAUAUAGGUCUUUUUGUGACUAGGUGAUUAAACUUAAUCCCUCAGAUUUAGGUUGUUUGAAGUUCCACCUAAAUUUGUUCUAGUCAUUUGUAAUUUUUGUAUUAAGUUGAAGCUGAAUCUCAAGUUAUAUGUAGUCCGUGUAAAUAUAGUUAUCCUGUUGAUAACCUCAUGUUAAAAGACAUCAUUUAUAUUUAUAA